AUGAUUAAAUAUAAAAUAAAUAUCAAUAUAUCAGUUGUUAAUUUAGCAUACAGAGUUCACGGUAAACAGGAUCUCGAUAAUCCAAUUAUAAUUCUUCAUGGGUUAUUGGGAUCUAAAAGAAAUUGGGAAAGUAUGUCAAAGAAGAUUGUUCAUGUAACUAAUAAGACUGUAAUUGCUGUGGACGCUCGUAACCAUGGUGACAGUCCUCAUCAUCACAGCCAUACUUACCCUGAACUUGCAUUGGAUGUGAAACAUCUUAUGGACUCAUUAAGUAUCAAAAAGGCGGACAUCAUUGGCCACAGUAUGGGAGGAAGGACUGGUAUGGUUUUGGCACUCACAGAGCCAGCGAUUGUAUCAAAGUUAGUAGUGGUGGAUAUUUCUCCAAUAUCCACUGCAGGCAUUUUAAAUGAUUUCAUUCCAAACGUUUUAAAAACAAUGAAAAGUAUUAGCUUCGAUGGAAUCGAUGAUGUAAAUAAAGCUAAAGCGUAUGCCAAAAAAUUAUUGCAGUCUAAGUCACUUAAUGCAGAUACUAUUGGUUUUAUUUUAAUGAAUAUCGGAGUCACGCCAUACAAAACAGUGGGAUGGUCUUGCAAUGUUGAAGUGUUAAGUAAACAUUUUACGGAUAUUGCUACUUUUCCUAACAUGUCAGGGAAAAAGUUCCCCGGCUUGACUUUAUUUCUCGGAGGCGGGGAAUCACCUUAUAUCCCGCACGAAGAUAUGAAAGGAAUUAAGACUUUAUUCCCUAAAGCUGAAUUAAAGUACAUCGAAGACGCCGGUCAUAAUGUUCACGCUGACAGUCCCACGGAAUUUUUACAAAUUGUAACACGUUUU